AUGCGCCACUUACCGCCAGCUUCGGACGAAGUCCAUGCUCCACACAGCUCCGCCGCCACCGCCGCCCCCGCCACGGCGACCAUGAGUUCCUAUUUUGGCACUGUCGGCAAGUCGGCCUGUCGGGCGGGUCGCCGGUCCCCGCAAGGACGGCUAUCGGCUUGGCCAUCUGCCCGGCAUCAACGGAGAAAGAGGAGUCUCGGGCUCCGGAAGGUUUGCGGCCUGAGCAUAACGACGUCGUUCCGGGCGCAUGACGCUGCGGCGCUCGUGACUCAACCGUCGUUUCGUGUCUCUCGUGUACGCGGGCUCAUCGGAAUGGCUGACGAGAGAGAGGUUUUGCGGACAGGACGAGUCUCUGUCUCCUAG